UACACAUCAGGAACCCCGUGCUCCGAUACGUCCACAAGUCCCUCGCUCACACCAUCUAUGCGAGGCGAGACGUUACUGGUGUCACCGAAAAGGAGCUCUUCUUCCUAAAUGAAGGGAUGAAGAAGGUGAUUCACACGUUGCCGGAUGGGACUGAGAUGGUCGGGGACAGAUCAGGGAACAGCGUGCCGACGUAUCUUCUCAAGAGCUUCCUCAGCUACAGGGAGUAUGCUCUCUCUCUCAACAAAGUGCACAAGGCAAGCAGUGGACAGCUGAGUUGUGGAGGACUCAUAAUGCCGAUCCUCAUGAACUACGGAAUCACGCUUGAGAAGCCGGUUGACCCUCAGGCAAUAAACAUCCACUAUCUCCGCAAGAGCACCUAUUGA